CUACCUUCCCUCUUCCACUCAUCAUUAUGGCCACAGUACUUCUGUUUUUGAUGCAUUAGGAGAGCAUGCCACACACGUCAGUGGUUUCAGACACUGUGCACACAAAGCAACAAGCUGCUUGUGCUGCAGAUGGUGAACUCAUGAAGCCCCCACCGGCCAUCCUUAAAUGGGAAUUCAAUUCCCCUUGGUUCUAGCAAUAAAGGACAUUGCAGUCUAUGAAAACCCAGACUCACAAGCUAUCGAAUGCCAUCUGGGACAGCUCCUCUUUAUAGCCCUUGGCUCCUUUGCUUGUGAAGAGGUGGGCUUUGGAAGAACUUGGGGGGUAUAAACGGAGAGGAGAGGUUGCUGCUGUUUUCUUGAGCUUCUUGUCUUGUCCGUUAUCAAGAAUCUGAGUGAGGAGAUGAGGCCAGAGGUUGGGAUGAGCCCAGGGAAUGUGCCUGUGUAUUAUGGGGGUGGGAAGUUGAGAGCUGUGGGGAGGAGGAUGGAGGUGGCUGAGGUUGUGCUGAGGUGUGCCAUAUGUGGGCUUGGGGUUCUUGCUGCUGCUCUGAUAGGGUCUGCUACCCAGGUUAGGGAGUUCUUCUCGGUGGAGAAGAAGGCCAGAUUCACUGACAUGAAAGCUCUGGUGUUCUUGGUGGUUGCUAAUGGGAUAGCUGCAGGCUACAGUCUGGUCCAGGGGGUGAGGUGUGUGGUGAGCAUCAUUAAGGGGGGUGUUCUACUCAAGAAGGCCUUGGCUUGGGCUAUCUUCUCUUGUGAUCAGGCACUGGCGUAUGUUGCAUCGGCAGCGAUCGCGGCCGCAGCGGAAGCGGCGGAGCUUGGCCAGUCGGGCCAGGCGGAGCUGCAGUGGAUGAAACUAUGCAACCUGUAUGGGAAAUUCUGCACCCAGGUAGGGGAGGGCAUAGCCAGUGCCUUCCUGGCCUGCCUCUGCCUGGUGAUUGUUUCCUCCAUGUCUGCCUUCAACCUCUUUCGCUUGUAUGGCAGAACCAAAGAGCAGAACAGUGGAAGCUGGUAAAGUGUUGCUGAAAUCCCUUUGAAUUUUCUGCUCAUGGCUGGUAGAAAAAAUGCCAUUUUGGCCUUGUAAACUUGCUCAUCUGAAUGUAAUAAAUGGAGAGACUGUUCUUUUGUACUGCAUCUUUCAAUGCAAGAGUAAGUAGCCAAUUCA